CCAACCCCCACUCCCCUCCCCUCCCUAAACAUUUCUGAAAAAGACCAUUUUUUUAUUUUCUGAAGAAACAAACACAAACUCACACACACACACACACACACACACACUCGCAUACUCAAUCGUAGAUGCUGUCUCGUUUUUUCAUAGCAUAAUAAUUACUCUUCUUACGUUUCGUUUUCCGCACGGACUUCAUUUCCCGAUUCUCAUCAUUACCCCUUCUCUCUCUCUCUCUCUGUGCGUGUGUGUUGAGAUCUGAAGAAAAAGAAGAAGAAGAAGAUUGAGAUUCGUUGAUUGAAGCUUCUUAUCUUGAAAGUUUUCUGUAUUUGUAGAUUUGGAGAGGAGAAAAUGGCGGAGGACAAAGGGAUUGGAGAAGGUGAGAACAAAGACGCUAGUACUGGUGCUACCGACAGCAGUGACAAGAAGAAGACGCAUCGCCUGGGAAUUCUCUCUCGCGUUUGGAAAGGAAUCUUUAGAUUACACGGCGAUGAUUUCGAGAAGAGAUUGCAGUACAUUUCUAAGGAAGAGGCUGCUGUUGUUGCCAGAUUGAAGCGGAGAUCAUAUACUUGGAGAAGGAUGACUCGGAAUCUUAUUGUAAUCUCUGUCAUUUUGGAGGUUAUUGCCAUUGGUUAUGCAAUUGUGACAACAAGAUCAACGGAUUUGGACUGGAAGAUGAGAGCAUUACAGAUUUUGCCAAUGUUUCUUUUGCCUGCUUUAUCUUCUGUUUCAUAUUCAGCAUUUGUAAGCUUCACAAGGAUGCGCAAUCGGAAGGAUGAGAAAACUCUGGAAAGGCUCCGAGCUGAAAGGAAAGCAAAAAUUGAUGAGCUUAAAGAGAAGACAAAUUAUUACUCCACUCAGCAACUCAUUCAGAGAUAUGACACUGAUCCAGCAGCAAAGGCAGCUGCUGCAACUGUCCUGGCAUCUAAGUUGGGUGCAGACUCGGGCCUGAACAUACAAGUUGGAGAUGAGUCUAAGCUUAAUGCUCCAACAGGGAAAAGCAGUGAUGUUGAAUUGGUGCAAUCUGGUGGGCUCCGAAAUCGAAAACAAGUUCCCACCAGAUCCAAUAGUAUGGGGACUUCUCAAUUGCAUCAUUCUGAUGGAGAAACACCUCAUUCUGAGGGAACUGAGGUUGAUCCUCGGACUUCUGAGCAUAAUCAGCUGGUAGUUAGUCAUCACUAUCCUCAAGGAUCAGCCACAAUUGAUGGAGGAUGGAUUGCUCGAAUAGCAGCAAUGCUUGUGGGCGAGGAUCCAACACAGUCUUAUGCGCUCAUUUGUGGCAACUGCCAUAUGCACAAUGGGCUUGCUAGGAAGGAGGAUUUCCCAUACAUUACAUAUUACUGCCCACACUGUCAUGCCUUAAAUAGGCCAAACCAGUCGGAGGAGCAAGUUUCUGGUUCAAAUACCCCUAAUUUGGGCUCCUUGAGAACACAGGGCAGUGGUGAUUUGAUCGACAAUGCCAGAGUUUCUGGUCCUAGUACCCCUAAUUUGGGCUCCUUGAGAACACAGGGCACUGAUGAUGUGAUCGACAAUGCCAGUGGUUCUGCGAGUGAGAGUGGUCUGACAAGUAACAACACUGUAAGAGCUGGUUCAGAGAUUGAGGAAGUAACUAAAGGGGCAACAUCCGAGCAUAUAGAUACUUGAAAAGCAUAUUUGAGUGGAACUACGUAAUUAGGGGAGACAAAUUCUUUUCUUCACUAGGGCCUUUUUGUUCCUUAUUUCUAAUUAGUCCUGGAUUUUCAAUUGAUUUGCUUCUUAUUUGGUCUUUGUAUCAAGAAAAUGUUGAGAUGAGAUUAUCUACGAGGAACUUUUUGUGCUUUCAGAUUUAUACAUAGGUUACGUGUUGAUUGUAAACUUGUAAUUAUGGAAAUCGUUUGUGUGUUCUUUUUUUUAAA